AUGGCGGCGGCGGCCAUUGUGCGCUUGCAGCACUGCGGGCCCGACAUCUUCUGCCGGCGCGUCCCGSAGCGCUGCCCCGCCUGCGGCCGCUCCCUGCGCGGCGCCGCGCUGCCCGCCGCCCCCGUGCGCCUCCCCAGCCCCUUCCGCCGCGGGCACGGCCAGCGCGGCGCCUUCCUGCUGCGGCCCGCGAGCGGCGCCUCCUUCCUCGGGGGCUACGACGGGGCGGGCGAUCUGCACGUGGGGAUAAGCAGCAGCCGCGGUAUUGUAUAUAACUACGAUGAAGAGGGUGUUCACAAAGAUGAAUCCGGAUGGGAACAGUGUAUUAGUGUCCCACUGGUACASCCAGAUAUGUUUGGGCUUCUUCACCAGUGGGAUACACUCCUAGAGGAAUUUUCUGCUGGAGAAAACUGGCUACCUCACAGGUAUGAAGAACAUGAGCACAAUUGCUACACAUAUGCACUGGCAUUUAUUAACAGUGUGCUGACUGCACAAGGGAAGCAGCCCAUGAGCAAAAGUGAAUUCACAGAGAAAUUUGUGAUCCCACAGACAAAGAGAGCUUCCAAAUACAUUACUCUGCACCGGGAGUUAAUGGCUAAGGAGUUCUAUAUUGUUCACCAUCCUGAACAAGAAAAACAGUGCUGARAGCAAGCUGCUACAUUAAAACAGCUACAAAAGGAAAAGGAAGUCUUAGCAUCCAACUGUCAUUGUUUAAGAUACCGAAUCCAGUUAUUUCAUUUAAAAAUGCAAUUUAUUACACAUACAUAGACCUACCUCUUAGGAAAGAGUCAUGGUGUUUGCUGCUAAUGAGACUAAAUCUGUGUAUGUGAAUGAAAUGACCUGGUAUUUGCACACUACUGAAAAAUCUCUAUGGAAACUGUUCAUAUGAUAAAAUAUUUCUAUAUUUUA